AAAAAAUCAUUCGUUAAUGGUGGAAAACGAAUGAAAAAAAUGAGAUGAUAAACACGACGAGUAUCAAAUAUUGAAAGUGGCGAAUUGGUUGCAAUCGGCGUCAUUAAUGUACUAAAACAGAAAAAAGUGGCCGUGUGUUCGUUGAUUUCUUUUAACAUUUUCCGCCAUUUUGAAAAGUACGAGUGUUAAAUUGGAAUUUUUAUGGACGCGUUGCUUGAAUAAAAAAAGUAAAAACUCGUGAAAAUAUAUAAAAUAAAUUUAAUUCAUAUAUAACAGAAAAUCAUUGUAACCGUUUCGUGAUGAUGAUGAUCUGCUGAUAUGUUGUGUUUUAAUGAUGGAAGAGCAGCAUACAACAAGAGGGAGUUGUUGAAGAAGCGCCAAAAACAAUAUGAACAAAAUUGUUUACAAAAACAUCCACAUACAUAAUUAGAGCGAUAUUGAAGAAGAAGAAAAGGAGAGAGCAACAAAAUUGCAGUAGUACAAUAUUUGUAGCAAAACAAAAACAAAAACAAAAAAUACAGCAGAAUAAACCGCAAAGCAGCAACAAAUUAAAAAAGAAAUACAUAGAUAAUAUAUAUAAACAAACAGCAACAAACAAUUAACACAAACACAUACAUACACUUUGAUAGUACGACGAAGAAAAUUGAAAUUGCGAAAUAACAAAAUUUCAUUUUAUUUAAUUUGAAUUGAACUUGAAUUUCAAAUUCAAAAUAACAAUUAAAGCCAACUCAACUCAACAAAAAUUGCUAAAUCAUCACAUUUGUUUGUUUUAGAUUGUCGUGAAAUAUUUUCAUUUCUUUUAUUCUUUAUUUUUUUAUUUUUAUAAUUAUAUUCGUUAAAUUAACUUAAGUUUAAAGUGUUCAAAAGCACACUAAAACACAAUAACAACAGAAACAGAAAAACCAAGUAGAAAUAGAUUUUUACAACUGGACAGACAGCAAAGUGAUAAGAGCGCGAAAAUUUUAAUAAACACAACAAACACACAUCUACACAAUUAACAAGCAAAAAUUUAAGUAAAAUAUAAAGCCGGAAAAAAGUGUAAAAGAUAUCAGCGAAUUUUAAAUUGUGAGAAAAUACAUUAAAAAAAAAAACAACCAAUCAAGGAGGUGAACAGAGAAAAAUUACAUAGCUAUAGAAAUAAACAAGUAGAAAAUAAAACAACAACAAAAUUGAGCAUCAUGGAUAAAAAUAUGAUGUUACCGAAACGUUCACGAUUGGAUGUUAAAGGUCCUUUUGCCAAUGGUCCCAUGCAGGCCAGACCACUGGUAGCAUUAUUAGAUGGACGUGAUUGUUCUAUCGAAAUGCCCAUAUUAAAGGAUGUUGCCACGGUAGCAUUUUGUGAUGCCCAAAGUACAUCGGAAAUUCAUGAAAAGGUUUUAAAUGAAGCAGUCGGUGCAUUAAUGUGGCAUACAAUUAUUUUAACAAAAGAAGAUUUGGAAAAAUUUAAAGCAUUACGUAUUAUUGUCCGAAUUGGCAGCGGUACGGAUAAUAUAGAUGUUAAGGCAGCUGGUGAACUUGGCAUUGCUGUAUGCAAUGUACCCGGUUAUGGCGUGGAAGAAGUGGCCGAUACAACAAUGUGUCUGAUAUUGAAUUUAUACCGAAGAACCUAUUGGCUGGCGAAUAUGGUGCGUGAAGGCAAAAAAUUCACUGGACCUGAACAAGUUCGAGAAGCAGCACAUGGUUGUGCUAGAAUUCGUGGCGAUACAUUAGGUUUAGUAGGUCUGGGACGCAUUGGAAGUGCUGUUGCUUUAAGAGCAAAAGCAUUUGGCUUUAAUGUUAUAUUUUAUGAUCCUUAUCUGCCAGAUGGCAUCGAUAAAUCACUGGGUCUAACACGUGUCUAUACUCUGCAAGAUUUACUAUUCCAAUCAGAUUGUGUGUCACUGCAUUGUACACUGAAUGAACACAAUCAUCAUCUAAUUAAUGAAUUCACAAUUAAACAGAUGAGGCCGGGUGCAUUUCUAGUAAAUACGGCACGAGGAGGUCUGGUAGAUGACGAGACUUUGGCGCUUGCCUUAAAACAAGGUAGAAUAAGAGCUGCAGCACUGGAUGUACACGAAAACGAGCCAUUUAAUGUAUUCCAAGGCGCCCUUAAAGACGCUCCCAACCUAAUAUGUACACCACAUGCCGCCUUCUUUAGUGAUGCAUCUGCUACAGAACUGCGUGAAAUGGCUGCUACAGAAAUACGACGAGCCAUUGUCGGCAACAUACCCGAUGUUUUAAGGAAUUGUGUUAAUAAGGAAUACUUCAUGCGAACCCCAGCUUCAGCAGUAGCGGCCGCAGCCGCUGCGUCGGUUUAUUCAGAAGGAUUAAAUGGAGGAUAUUAUGCAGGCGCAUUGCAACAGGCACACAGUACCACGCCACAUGAUGCCCCACAUACCGUAGGAGGAGUACCGUUAUCAGUGGUAGGCGGGGCUGCAACGAAUGUUAAUCCAUCGCCAGUACCAAACAUACCACCAGUACAUGUAUUACCACAGGUUGGAUUGCAGCUAGGACUUGUGAGUAGUAAAUCGCCCCAGACGGCGCCAGACCCUAAUAAUCAUCAUCCAUCAACAUCUAAGCCAGAGUCAUCGGAGGUUCAAUAGUUCAAAAGCACCGCCACCACCAAUUUUUCAUAAAUAUUUUAAACUUUUUUCUUUAAUUCAAAAACAUUCGGAAAAAGACUCUUUAGAAGUGACGCCAAACAACAACCAAGCAAUUCAACAUCUUGUAACAAUAACCUAUCAGACACCACAGCAAUAGUCGUCGCCUUCAUUAUUAACUACCCAAAACUCAUCUUCCUUCAAAAAGAUCAACAGCAACCACAAAAAAUGCUCAUGAUAUUUUGCAAACGGAAAGCAAAUCAAUGAAAUAUUUAAACAAAUUAUUGAAUAUUUGCUGAUUAUAUUGCCAAGCCAAAAACGUACUAAUUGUUAAAGUAAAUUAUUUUCAAAGAAUUACAAAAUACAAACAAAAAUUCUUCUAGCAAAAGAUUGAGUGAAAUAUGUACAUAUGGGUGUAAUUACGAAAUAUAUUUAAAAAAUGCCAGGCACACAUGUUCUCUGAUAUAAGCAGCAUCAUACAUCUAUAAAAAUCUGCAGUUUAAAAUAGUAUGUAUGUAUGUAUAUUAAUUCCGAAUUGUGUUCUUUAGCUACAAGUUCGUUUGAUUUUGAAAUGUUAUUAAAACUGAAAUAUAAAUAUGUAUGUAAGAGAAUAAGCGAAGCCGAACGAUUUACGCUUAAAAUUAAAUAAUAUUUUAACAUUUCUCUGAUUUGAAAUAUAAAAAUAAUGGCAAUAGAAGUAAAGUCCGUUAUCCAUUCAAUGAAAUGAUUAUAUGUAUUAUUAAAUGAACGGUAUUCGUAAUAAGUAUGUUGGCAAAUGAUACAAGGACCUGCCUUUAUUGAGUUUUGUUAAUACAAAGAACCAACCCAACGGUCAAAGAAGAUUUUAACUCUAUGGGACUUGGUUAAAUUUUAAUUAGAUUGUGAUCACAUAAAAUGUUUAUCUUAAAAAAGAUAUUUUUAAAAAUAUGUACAUACAUAUAUGUUUCUGCUGAUUAUCUACUCAACGGUUGUUUUAAAUUCCACAAGUGAGCCGUUAUUGGUUCCUAACUUAUAAAAAUUAUUUCUAGAACACAUAUUGAUAUAAAAAAUUAAUGUUUUGUAGCACAACUAUAGAGAUAUGAUAUUCUGCAGUUUCAUAUUAUUUGAAAGUUUUUGAAAUAUUAUUUUUUAGAUUUAUUAGAAAGUAUAAUGCAUCUUUGAUCUUUUGUAAAUAAAUUUUAACUAUUGGAGUUGUUUGUCUUUUUUUUUGUUGUUUUUCUACAGGGUAACAUUUUUUAAAUAUUACCCUUAACCAACGAAAACAUUACAUUUUAAAAAAACAUCAUCAACAUACAAUGUAGUUUAAGGGCAAAUCAAGAAAAGUAUGUAUGUAAGAUCUUGUAUUUAUGUUAACAAAGCUUUUAGUAAAAACUAUAUAUAAUUUUAGUUUCUAUAACAUUUCAAAGUGAUAAGCAAACUUUAACAAAAACACGAAAAUGUUUAACAGUGGUAAAAAUCAAAAAACUGUUUUUUUGAAACGAAUUAUUUAUGUAAGAGCAUAUUUAAACCGAAAUUUUAAAGAUACAAAAAUGCAUUAAAUAUAAAUAAAAAAUAUAUUUAUAAAUAUAAAGAAAAUAAUAAAUAUCUAUGUAUGUAUACAUAAUAGUAUAUGUAUGAAUGUACAUGUAGUUUAUCAUACCAUCACUGCAAAACACACAUCUACCUACAACACUACCAACCAACCACAUCCCUUCAUCAAAACAUUAUUGGAAAAAUGAAUACAAAAAAACAGAAACAGCCACAAACAACAUUUUAAAAAAGUCCUUAUUUUGAAAAACCCUAUAGAAAAACUAAUCUUUACCAAGAAAAAAGAACACGCUUAUUAAUUUAUCUAUAUUAAAUGAAUAAAAAUAAAUAUUACAAAAUAAAAACGCGCAUCAAUUUAAACGUUAAACAUUUCUCCUUCCUUCCCUUCUAAUAAUUUGUUUAGCCUUUUCCAUUACAAUGUGGCUUUAAUUAUUUUGCUUCCAUACUUCCUCAAUUGAUAUGCUGGAAUUAAGACAACAUCGAUAUGUCUUUCGUUUGCCAAACACCGCUCGAAAAAUUUCGUAUUUAAAAAAAAAACACACAAAAAAACUCUGCUUGAAAAUGGAAAUAAAACAACACAAAACCAAUCAACCUAACAAUCCCAUUUCCUUCUUCCAUAAAUUUUUCUUUCUUCCUACUUCUUUUUAAAAUUUUUUAUUUUAAUUUUUCUUUCAAUUUCUUUAUAAUUUUAAACUUUUUGUAAAGAAUUAAAUUAAAAAUAAAAUAAAAACAAAAUCCUUAUUACAUGUUAAAGUAAAGAAACAACAAAAAAUUUAAAAAAUUAAUAAAAACAAAUACAUCUACUGUAUCUAUAAAUAUACGUUAAUUUUAAGUAUAUUAAACUUAUGUCUUAAUUUUUAAUUUUCUUAUAAUUUUUAUUUUAUUUUUUUUAAUUUUACGUCAAAAUCAUAAGCUUUUUGGUAUAUUUCUAUGUUUAAAAAGAAACAAAAUAAGAAAUUUCUAAUAAAAAUAAAAAAAAGUUUUAAAUUCAGAUUAUGAUUCUGGUAGUUUUUAAGAUUAUAAACGAUAAUUACAAAUAAAGUAUAUAAAAAGCGAAAAA